AUGACUCCCAAGCGUCAGAAGACCGCCCACGGCGAGAUCUCCGGCAACGCUGCGGACGUCGAGGCCGACGUCUCCAUCAUCAACCCCGAGAUUUUCUCCCCCGAGGUUCUCGCCCAACACAAGGCCAAGUACGCCGACGCGAAGCCCUACACCCACGGCGUGGUGACCCCGCUGUGCGACGACGCGAGGCUCCGCGCGGUUCAGGCCGAAAUGCGCGAGCACCUAACCGCCAACUUCAAGGAGACGGACCUGUUCAAGGUGCUGCAGACGGGCGACCUGGUCACAAUCGACAAGGCAGAUCCGUCCAUCGUGCCCAAGAUCCCCGAGCUCCUCAAGCUCCGCGCCGCCAUCUAUUCCCCGCAGUUCCGCGCCAUGGUCCAGGAGAUGACCGGGUGCGCCCCGCUCACCGACAGGAUCGACUGCAGCGCCAACGUCUACCCGCGAUCCGGCCACCUCCUCUGCCACGACGACGUCAUCGGCACGCGGUGCAUCUCGUACAUAAUCUAUCUCACCGACCCGGACGAGGGGUGGACCGAACGCGACGGCGGCGCGCUCGAACUGUACCCCGUCAUCGAGCCCGGGACUCCCGCGGUGGACCCCACCACCGAGCUGCUGCCCGCGUGGAACAGCAUGGCGUUCUUCACCGUGCAACCCGGCAGAAGCUUCCACUCGGUCCAAGAGGUCUUCGCGGAGGACAAGCCGCGACUGAGCAUCAGCGGUUGGUACCACGCCGCGGAGGCGCCUAAGGGAUCGGAACACGCGACGCUCACGCAGCUGCAGACGAGGACGGGCGGUGACGACGACAUCGAGGACUUCACCCCGUUCCCGGCGGCCAUCGCGGCGAUCGUGAAGGAGGCGGCAGCCGCGGAGGAGGACAAGAAGGCGGGCGGGGGCCAAGCGGAGAAGAACGACGGGGACGGGGAGGAGCACGACGAGGACGAGGACUGCCUCCAGAUCUGGCCGGACAAGGAGGAUCUCGAGUAUCUCGCCAGGUGGGUCAACCCGGAGUACCUCCAGGCUGAGAACAUGCUGCAGAUCCGCGCCAAGAUGGAGGAGGACAGCAGCGUGCAGCUCAGGGAGUUUCUGAUACCCGAGCACGCGGCGGCUAUUCGCGCGGCGACGCGCGUGGAGGACUCGGGCGGCGCGCUCGGCGACGGUAGGGUCCCGAAUCGUGCGGCGGGUAUCGGCGGGGGUUGGCGGGCCGUCGGACCCACGCACAAGCAGAGGUACCUCGCGUACGACCCCGGCGCCGGGGCGGACGACGCGGCCGGCCGUCCGGGCAAGGAUAAGCCGGGCAAGGAUAAGCCCGGAAAAGCGAAGGGCAAGGGCGAGUCCGCCGGCGCGAUCCUCCACGCGAUCCGCGAGGAGCUCUUCGCGUCCGAGCCGUUCGCGCGGCUGCUCGCGGCGAUGACGAACCUACGACCGACCGCGUUCAAGGGCGAAGUCCGGAGGUUCCGGCCGGGCCUCGACUACACCGUGGCGCAUCACGGCAUCCUCACCGUCGACCCCAGGCUCGACGCGACGCUGUGCGUGGUGGACGACGAGGGCGAUAUCAAGUCGAGCGCGUGGGAUUUCGGCGAGUGCGGAGGGUUCGAGUGCUACAUCGCGGCGGACGAAGAGGGCGACGCGGCGGACGCGGCGACUGCGGCUGUGUACAAGGCUCAGGGCGAAGACGACGAGGACGAGCUGCUGAGCGUGAGCGCGAGCUUCAACACGCUCUCGCUGGUCCACAGGGACGAGGGUCUGAUGCGGUUCGUGAAGUACGUCAGCCACCUUGCGCCGUCGAGCAGGUGGGACCGACGACGAGGAGGAUGA